AUGUCUGGUACAGCUUCCAAUGUGACGCCACUCAUCAUUAACGGUGAGUCGGUUGUCACCGACAUCAAGUUCGAGGUCACUGCACCUGCUACUGGAGAGCUGUCCGGCUACUGUGCGGGUGCCUCGGUUGAUGAUGCGCGUCGCGCUGUUGAUGCCGCGCAAGCUGCUUUCCCAGCCUGGGCUAAGACGCAGGCGUAUGAUCGACGCGACAUCUUGCAGCGGGCUGCGGAGAUCAUGGAAUCACGCAAGGAGGAGCUGAUCGCCUACCAGCGCGAGGAAACCGGCGCGGGCCGGCCCUUCUGUGAACACACCUUUAACCUGGGCGUUGGCUUCAUUAAGGACUUUGCGGGUCGCAUCGCGACUAUCGAGGGUAUUGUGCCCAAUAUCACUCGGGAGGGGGAAGGCGCGAUGGUCUUCAAGCAGCCAUAUGGUGUGAUCCUGUCAAUUGCGCCCUGGAACGCACCUUUCAUCCUCGGUGUCCGUGCCGUAGCCAUACCCCUCGCAGCUGGCAACACAGUCGUCCUCAAGGGCUCCGAGCUCUCACCUAAGUGCUUCUGGGCUCUGGGUGAUAUCUUCCGCCAAGCUGGUUUGCCAGCCGGAUGUUUGAAUGUCAUUCACCACCAGGUUUCCGAUGCCGCUGCGGUGACCGAAUCGCUGAUUGCCCACCCCGCCGUGCGCAAGGUCAACUUCACCGGUAGCACCAUGGUCGGAUCGAUUAUUGCGUCCACUGCGGGCAAGUACAUUAAGCCUGUGCUCCUUGAGCUAGGUGGCAAGGCAUCGGCCGUUGUUCUGGAUGAUGCGGACUUGGAUAAGGCAGCGAUGAAGUGUGCGCUUGGAUCAUUCAUGCACUCCGGUCAAAUCUGCAUGUCAACCGAGCGCAUCGUAGUCCAGCGUGGCAUCGCCGACGAAUUCAAGGUCAAACUCGCUGAAUCAGCUGAGAAGCUCUUCGGCAAACAAGCGCCCGCCAUGGUUCUUGUCAACGCCGCUGCAGUCGCCAAGAACAAGCGACUCGUCUCGGACGCCGUCUCUCGCGGUGCGAAUGUUCUCUUCGGCGACGCCAAUGCCAACGAGGCCAUCAGCACCAACAUGCGGCCCGUCAUCGUCGCGGACGUCAACAAGGAAAUGGACUUGUAUGCGACCGAGUCAUUCGGUCCGACCGUGUCGCUGAUGGUCGUUGACACCGAGGAGGAAGCCGUAGCACUCGCCAAUGACACCGAGUACGGCCUGACAGCUGCCGUAUUCACAGCUAACCUGUUCCGCGGAUUGCGCGUCGCGAAGCAGAUCGAGUCUGGUGCCGUUCACAUCAACUCACUGACCGUUCACGAUGAGCCUGUGUUGCCCCACGGUGGUUGGAAGAGCAGUGGCUUCGGUCGCUUUGGUGGUAUUGGGGGUUAUGAUGAGUUCUUGCAGACUAAGACUGUUACUUGGACGGAGUAA